AUGAUAAAAGUCACCCUAGUAGUUGGCUUUUUAUAUCUUACUGCUCUUAUUAAUAGUAAACCGAUUGUUCCAAUUAAAGAUUAUAUUGUGAAAAGAAAAGUAAUAUAUACAUCGGAUGCACCAGCACCUGUAGCACCAUUUAAUCAAGGUAUUCAAAUAAAUUAUAUGUUAUAUCUCUCUGGACAAAUUGGAAUUGAUCCAAAAACUGGUCAUAUGAUAUUAGAUGAUAUUCGUAAUCAAACAUAUCAAGUAUUAAAAAACUUAGAAGCGGUUCUAAAUGCAACUGGAUCGUCAGUUGAUCAGUUAGCUCAUUGUCUUAUCAUGCUAACAAAUAUUGAAGAAGAUUAUGAUAUAGUUAAUCAAAGGACACCGCCGGGCCCUUUUGGCACAAUGGUUGAUCAAAUGAUGGGUGGAAAUCCAAAUCCAUUCCCUGGCCAAUUGAAUCGCGGCUAUGGUGGUGGUUAUGGUGGUGGAUAUGGCGGUGGAUAUGGUGGUGGAUAUGGUGGUGGAUAUGGUGGUGGAUUCGGUGGUGGAUAUGGUGGUGGAUAUGGCUAUUCAUAUAGAUGUUAG